GUGCAGUGCGAAGAAAGUGUUUGCAGGAUUUUCACUUCGUCAUCAGCGAAAUUUUACUUUUUCUGUGAUUUCCUGCGCAAAUUUCCUUUCGAAACUUUCGUAAAAUCAUGCUUUGAUUCCUGUAGUUUUCGUUUCAAGUGUUGGUUCCUAGUUCUAUCUUGAUUUCGUGGACUGAAAAUGGAAGGAAACGUAUCAUCCGACCAGGAUUCCGUCGGCGGAGCGAAAAAGGCCAGCCCAUUCGACAACCUCACCCGGGAGGAUCUGAUCAAGAAGUGUCGCGGUCUGCUGGGAAUCGCUCAGAAGGCAAAGCAAGCAAAGGAUGAAUGCCAGGAAGAGAACAGGAAGCUCAAGGAGCAGCUUUCCCAGGCGGAGACGCAAAAAACUGCCGACAAGGACUGCUUGAAAGCUAUGCAGGAAAUGGUGAGCUCUUUGACGGAACAGAAGCUGCAAGCUGCUAUGAAGGCGGAUGAGUUGCAAAAAAUGGUAGCGGGUUUGAGGCGGGAACUGGAUGGAGCUGCAUUGCUGAGGGAGCAGUUGGAAAAGUUUUCGGUGGAAAAUGAAGCCUUUCAAAGGCAGAUCAAGCGGUUGACAGACGAGAACGAGGAGCUGCUGGGGGAUUUGUCCGGGAUGGAAGCAAAGAUGCAGAAGUUGGAGGGAGAGAAGGAGAAACUGAAGGAGAGUAAGGUUGUCGUGGAGCAGGAAUUACUGAAAGCUAAAGGCGAGGGUGUGCUAACUGGGAAGGAAGAGAAGCUGAUAAGGAAGCUGAAGCUGUACAAAAACAAGGUGCAGGAUAUAUCGGCGAAAGUGCUUCUGCUGAAGUCUGAUAGAAAAAUAUUAUUGAAGACGGUUAAGGAGUAUUCCGAGCAGGUGCCAAAGUGGCAGAAGGAACUGCUGAAUGCUUCAAACGUCUUGUUCACUAGGAUGCAGGCAUUGGAGAGGGAGAAUACGGCGUUAAAGAACGCUUACAAGUCGAAAGAACAGAAAACUGCUGAAAUGGAAGAUAGCACUGCCUUGGCUGAUAUUCAAAAACUAUUUGAAGAGCUUCAGCAGACUUAUCAGAGCCUGGAGGCAGAAAAAGGGGAUUUUGAGCUAACGUUAAAACAGCAGUCGCAAGAAAAAGAAGUCUUGGAACGAAAAAUAGCUGAGAUGGAGAGUAUUAUCGCCGAGAGGCAAUCCGUUAUUGACGAACUGAAGUCUGGAAAUGAAGACCUUAACGUAAAAAAAUCGGAAAUUGAAGAAAAGUUGCAAUUGGAGCUGGCCGAUAAAAGAGCUCUUGUUGAGAAAAUCGAAGCGCUCCAAGCUGACUCCGUUCUCGGUCAGUCAGAGCUUCGUAAACAACUGAAGAUGAUUCAGGAACAGUUUUCGAAUCAAGCGGAAGAGCUGAAAGCCAAAAACGUUCUACUAUCAGAAUUUGAGCAGAAACUACAACGAGAAAGUGAUGAGAAUGAAAAGUGCGAGAAUCUGCAGAAGUCACUUGCGGAGGUUCAGGAUAUUCUUUCAAACAAGGAGGCCCAACUUCAGCAACUGCAGAAGAAGCUUCAAGAUUCUAUGUCCAUUCUGGAGAGCCUACAAGGGCAGUACGAAGUAUCAGCUGCCCAAAACCAACAGCUACAAGCGGUGAAUGAUGCCCUUAUCAGUGAAAGUUCCGCUUUUAAGUCAGAACUUCAAACAGUAACCGAAAAUCUGAAGACCGAAAAUGAACAUUUACAGAAGCGGCUUCAGCAAUCUGAGAUGACGAGCAAACAGCUGGCAGAGAAAAUCGAAGAGCUCAAAUCUACCACCGUUCAAGGUGAGACUGAGCUUAAUAAGAGACUGAACGAACUUCAAGAGCAGACAGCGAAGCAAAUGGAAGAACUGGAAACCAAACACGUCCAAUUGACUGAGUUAGAGGAGAAACAAAAGUUCUUUGCAGAGGCUCAGGACGCUCUCUCCGAAAAGGAAGAUCAACUUCAAGAACUUCAGAAGAAGCAACAAGAAUCUACCUUCAUCCUGGAAGACCUUCAAGGAAGGUACGACGCUCUCGAAGCCCAGAACCAUCAGCUGCAAGCUACCAACGACGCCCUUUCCAGUGAGAACUCCACCGGCAAAUCAGAACUUCAAACAGUCAACGAAAAUAUGAAGACUGAAAAUGGUGAACUACUGAAACGUCUUCAGGAAACUGAGAUGACCAGCAAACAACUUGCAGAGAAAAUAGAAACUCUUAUAGCUGCAACCGUUCAAGACGAGUCUGAGCUCCAAAAGCGAUUGGAGCAACUGCAAGAACUAUCUGUGAAGCAAGCGGAAGAGUUGGAUGCUAGAAACGUUCAACUGUCGCAGUUUGAGCAGAAGCUAAAGAAGGAAGAUGAGCAGAACGAGAAAUGUGUAAGUCUGCAAAAGUCAAUUGCAGAACUUCAAGUAUCGCUCUCGGAUAAAGAAGGCCAACUUCAACAACUGCAGAAGGAGCUCCAGGAAACUACUUCCACUCUGGAAGGUCUCCAAGGACGACACAACGUAUUGGCUGCCCAAAACCAACAACUGCAAGCAACGAAUGACGCCCUCUCCAACGACAAUUCCACCUACAGUUCCGAACUACAGUCCGUCCAGUCAAAGUUUGAACUGAUCAAGUUGGAAAAUAGUGAGCUGCUCUCAGAGCUUAAAGAAAUCAACGAAAUCUUGAAGGAACGUGGCGGAGUAAUUUCCCUUCAACUGUCCAAAAUUUCCGAACUGGAAGCCCAGAAACUUGCCUUGCAGCAGAAGCUUAACGAACUGGAUUCGCCGGACGUCGGACAACUGCGACAGCGAGCCCAGGACCUAGAGCGCCAACUCAACGAAAGGGAAUCGGAACUGGCCGCCUUGCGGGAUCGAGAUCGUAACUUUGAUGCCCAGAGCGAUGUCAUGUCCACUUCGACGAUAUCCCGAGCGGAGGAGUCGGCUCGCAUGCGGGAAAUAGACGACAGCUUCGAGGAGAAGUACAACAAGCUACGAUCAUUGGCUGUGAAACUGAAGAAGAAGGUCGCUGAGCAGACGAUUCAGUUGCAAAAGUUCGAGAAGGAGCGUGAAACCCAAGCCGUCGGGAAGAAUUUCCAAUCACUGCAGGCGGAGUACGAUCGAGUUUUGGAUCAAAUGGAAGCAGAGCGAAAAAUAACCGAGCACUUGGAGGCGGAAAUGAAGGAGUUGAAAGAGCACGUUGAGAAACAGCAGCAGGAAAUCGAAACCAUGAACCAGGUGCGGUCGGAGAUGGAUAACAGCAGCAAGAAGGACAAAUCAUCGCUGGAGUCGACAAUUCGAGAGUACCGAGAGCAGUUGCAGAGCUUGAAACGCGAAAAGGAAGCUUUCAACCUGGCGAAGAAGGAGAUUGAUACGGAAAAUCAGAAGCUGAAAGCGACGUUGAAAGCCACUGAGAAGCAGUUGAGCGAAGAGUUGGAGGCGCAAAAGGAACUGAAGGCAGAGGUGGAGAAGUGUCGACUGGCUGCUAAGAAAGCGAAGGUGCUAAAUUUGGAGAUGGAGGCCUACGAGAAGUCGCUAGAUGAACUGAACAAAAAGCUUGAAGCGAAGAAGGUACACGCGAAAGAUCUUGAAGGAACUAUCGAGGUUCAGGAAGGAACGAUCAAAAGCUUGAAGAGCCAACUGACGUUGCUAGAACAGAGUUUGAACGGAGAGAGAAGCCACUCACAAGAACUGAAGAAAAACGUGGAUGUUCAACAGGAGAAGCUGAGGAUUAGCGAGCAUCAACGCGGCGAGAUGAAUGUAGAACUGGCACAACUGAAGGUUGAAUACGAGCGAAUCAAGCUUGAGAUUGAAUCCAAUCGAAUAGAAUUGAGCGAUGCAGUAACGGAGAAGGAGAAAGCUUGCAACAUAAUGGAAUCCGAGAAGAGCAAAUUGAUGAAGCAAGUUUACGGGCUUGAAAGCGCCAUCGAAGACCUUAAAUCAAAAAUGAAGGACAAGGAGCAGGAAGUAGAGGACGUUCGAACGGAGUUCGCCAGCUAUAAGAUCCGAGCUCAGUCUGUUCUGAGGCAAAAUCAGAACAAGGAUGGCGGAAAAGAACGACAACUUCAGGAAGAAGUUCAAAAUGUGCAAAAGACGUUGGAACUGUCUCAAUCAAAACUUCAAACAUUCACGCACCAAACCGCUGAACUUGGCAAGACUUGUGACGAACUCAGAGAAGACAAGACGAGACUUCAGACCCGCUGCAAAGAGCUUCAUGAUCUGCUGGAGGAAUCCCGCGUGCAAAAUGAAUCCCUUAUGGAGGAAAACCGUCGCUCUAAUCUUAACCACCAGGAAGCAUUGAAAACGCAGCGCCUCCAGAACGAAACCCUCGUCAACUGUUACAAAAAGCAGAUCGAAGAACUUCAGGAGAAACAUUCCAAGGAGGUCGAAAGCCUCCAAUCCCACAUCAUCCAAGCCAACCUGCAUCACACCCAGGAAGCAUCGAAUGACUUCCGCAACAACAACAACAACACCGCCAUUCCAUCGAGCAGUGGUAUGGCUUUCUUCCGUGGUCAGCAUAUUUCCGACGAGCAGAAAAUCAACCUACUCCUCAUGGAGCGCGAAGAGGGUGAAGGUUCGGAAAGUAUCACUUCCCACCACCAGAACCCGUCCGUCCUGCGGCGGAAAUCUUCCAACUCUAGUCAACCGAACCAACGGACUCGGUCUAAUCGGGAACUGAUUCCACUGGACGAACUCUUAAAUUCCUCCUUUGACGAUGCGUCCGUCUUUGAGGCGGAUUCGAUGGAUUUGUCCGGGCGGCCAUCGGUUUCGCCAACAGUUGAACUACAGCAAACCAAAGAGAAGCUAUCGAAGCAGGAAAGCCGAGUGCGGCAUCUGGCGGCACUAUUGGCCGAAGCGGAACAGGACCUGGCCAAGCUGACGCAACUGAACGAGCUGCUCAAGGAGGAAGUUCGGCGCCACGAGAGAGCCAUCGAGCGGGAGAAGCAUGUACAUAAUUCCGAGUAUCUGAAGAAUGUGAUAUUUAAGUUCUUAACCCUCAACAGUGGCGACGAAAAGUCACACCUAGUUCCUGUGUUGAACACAAUACUUAGGCUUAGUCCGGAGGAAACUCAAAAGCUGAACAGCGUUGCGCGAGGAACGGAUGGUGGUGGACGCGGUUGGACCGGUAUUCUGUGGAACUAGAAUUUAUUGGUAAGUCGAUUUUACAUUUUAUUCGUACUGAGAAGUUGUCGUGGUUUUUGCGUUGAAGUUUCUGUAAGUAUUGCGUUCUGUUCGGGUGUUGGCACCACGCUAGUUUGCUGUCGGUCCUAUGCAAUACAUAACGUGGUCACGUAAAAAAAAACUUUCGAUUUAGAUAGAGGUUGUAGCGAUGUAAUUGCAGUGUGACUGAGGGGAUAUUUUAGUUCAAGUAGUACUAUAAAUAAUUUAACGGAGACUUUUAGUAUAGUGUAUGAAGAAUAAUAUAUAUAAAGUGAUUUAAAGAUUGUAAUU